CCGGAAGUAAUUGUCUUAUUGUUAUUGUUGCAAGCUUCACGGAACUUGCCAACUCAACCGGAACUUCCGUUGUUUGAGCUGUUUGGAGAAAAAAACAAGAGAAAGUAGGAGAGAAAGAGAGCGCUCAGCAGUUUUAUCCAGAAAGUUAGAUACCAAGGUCUGGCACCUAAAUCAAAAAGUUGCCUACUUCUGGUCUGCCUUGGUGAAAGUCAAGGAACAAAGAUGGAGGCUGUUUACAUUAAACAAGAAGAGGUUCUGGAAUUGAUACCUGUCUGCAUUAAACAGAUGCCUGAACUGGAGCCUGUCCACAUUAAAGAAGAGACUGAACUGCAGCUUGUCCACAUUAAACAAGAGGAGACUGAACUGGAGCCUGUCCACAUUAAACAAGAGACUGAACUGGAGCCUGUCCACAUUAAACAAGAGACUGAACUGGAGCCUGUCAACAUUAAAGAAGAGACUGAACUGCAGCUUGUCCACAUUAAACAAGAGGAGACUGAACUGGAGCCUGUCCACAUUAAACAAGAGACUGAACUGGAGCCUGUCCACAUUAAACAAGAGACUGAACUGGAGCGUGUCCACAUUAAAGAGGAAGAGACUGAACUGGAGCCUGUCUACAUUAAAGAGGAAGAGACUGAACUGGAGCCUGUCCACAUUAAUGAGGAGUCUACUGACUUGUUGUUUAAGGAUUCAGAAAACAUAUUGUGGCCAAAGACAUCACAUCACUGUACUGAAUGUGGGAAGAACUUCAGUCAGUUAGGAAACCUAAAAACACACCAGCGAAUUCACACUGGAGAAAAGCCGUAUCACUGUACUGAAUGUGGGGAGAGCUUCAGUCGUUUAGGAAGCCUAAAAACACACAAGCGAAUUCACACUGGAGAGAAGCCAUAUCACUGUACUGAAUGUGAGAAGAGCUUCACUCACUUACAAAACCUAAAAAGACACCAGAGAAUUCACACUGGAGAGGAGCCGUAUCGCUGUACUGAAUGUGGGAAAAGCUUCAGUCAGUCAGGAAACCUAAAAACACACCAACGAAUUCACACUGGAGAGAAGCCGUAUCACUGUAUUGAAUGUGGGGAGAGGUUCAGUGUGUCAGGAAACCUAAAAACACACCAACAAAUUCACACUGGAGCCAGCUUCCCUCCCUCCCAGUCCCUCGCCUCUCCACCCUGUUUGUUUGUGUGUGUGGUGAUAAUUUAAUGAUACAAUAAUUGUAACAUUAAACUCUAAGCUGUUUCAUGACAAGUAAACAUGUAUUUGGAUCUUAAGACACGCCUUUAGCUUUGUAUAAAUAAUAUUUUACAAUAAGUGAUCUAGGGUGUUACCACAUUCAUAUUCAAGUGCAAUCAAAUAUUACACUGAACAUAUGAAUAUAUAUGUUACAGUAAUCAUCGAAUUCUGGCUAUAAAUAUGAUUGAUUCAUUCAGCAUAUGAUUUAAGGUUUAGACAAUAUUCAACUUUGAUUCAAGUCAGUGUUAUCUCAUAUCAGUGCUUGUGUUAACAUACAAAAACAAAGUGACAAAUCUCAUUGAAAGCAAUUACCUUCUUUUGUUUAAAAAGUUAAGUAGAUUGUGUUAGAUUUGUAACAGUUUGUUAUAGGUGUAUAUUAUGCUCGAUUUAGACAGAAUUAAUCCUACAAUCGAUUUAUGUACCAUGGAAAUUCAUGUUAUUUAUUUACCAGUCCUUUAUAGGUGGAGAAAGUUGAAAGAGUCUCACAGUGAGGAAUUACUGUAUAUAAUGUUCUCCUCGUGGUUAAGUUCAAUUUAGAAACCUGAGAUCUGAAGUGCAGUCCUUUCCAUUCAGGAGUUUUUGAUGAAAAGCAAGGUGGCUUUUUCUUCAGGACUCCAUAUCCCACGAUGGAACAAAGCCACUCAUCAAAUGGUUUCCUCUUCCUGUGUUCUUCAAUGAGGUUUGUUCCCAGUGAUGCAGCAAGAAAGCGCUAACGAGAACAGAUUUAAAAAGCAUGUAGUAAAGGGAGAGUCUCUGCUGUAAUGUGGAGAAUUCCUUAUAAAGAUAUCUUUGAAUAUUUAGUAUAACAAAAGAUUUAUUAAUAUCGAAGAGCUGCUGACCAGUAUAAAGUAAUUGUAUAUAAAGAAGGUAGAGUCUCUACAGUAAUACAAAAGUAAAAAUGUCUUUGAGCAAAACAUUCAGUUUUAAUGGCUUACCAAAACAGUUUACAUACUUGACUACUGCUCAUUUGAAGUCAUCAAAAAAAUCUCUAUUUGUUUAAAAACAUGGUCAUAAGACAGACAAACAAACAAACAACGUGUUCUGACACAAAACGUGUCUUCAUCAGGUUCACAUUAAUUGUGAAUUAGAGGUUGGCUUUACAUUUAUAUGAAUCAAUUUAACAAUUAGUUAAAUAUGUUAAGCAUGUCUAAAUGAGAAUUUACUUAGUCAAUAAAACAUUUAAUAAUCAUAUAUAGACGUGCUCAAAUUUGUUGGUACCCCUCCACAAAAAACGAAGAAUGCACAAUUUUCUCUGAAAUAACUUGAAACUGACAAAAGUAAUUGGCAUCCACCAUUGUUUAUUCCAUAUUUAAGAAAUCAGACUUUGCUUUUGAUUUUUUAUUCAACAUAAUAUUGUAAAUAAUAAAACAAAUGAAAAUGGCAUGGACAAAAAUGAUGGGACAAAUAACCUAAUAUUUUGUUGCACAAUCACUGCAAUCAAACGUUUUCUGUAGCUCUCAAUGAGACUUCUGCAUCUGUUAACAGAUAGUUUGGCCCACUCUUCCUGAGCAAACUGCUCCAGCUGUCUCAGGUUUGAUGGGUGCCUUCUCCAGGCUGCAAGUUUGGCUCUUUCCAUAGAUGUUCGAUAGGAUUCAGAUCAGGACUCAUAGAAGGCCACUUCAGAAUAGUCCAAUGUUUUGUUGUUAUCCAUUCUUGGGUGCUUUUAGCUGUGUGUUUUGGGUCAUUAUCCUGUUGGAGGACCCAUGACCUGUGACUGAGACAGAGCUUUCUGACACUGGGCAGUACGUUUCACUCCAGAAUGCCUUGAUAGUCUUAAGAUUUCAUUGUGCCCUGCACAGAUUCAAGGCACUCUGUGCCAGGCGCAGCAAAGCAGCCCCAAAACAUAACUGAGCCUCCUCCAUGUUUCACUGUAGGUAUGGUGUUCUUUUCUUUGAAAGCUUCAUUUUUUCGUCUGUGAACAUAGAGCUGAUGUGACUUGCCAAAAAGCUCCAGUUUUGACUCAUCUGUCCAAAGGACAUUCUCCCAGAAGGAUUGUGGCUUAUCAAUAUGCAUUUUAGCAAAUUCCAGUCUGGCUUUUUUAUGUUUCUCUUUCUGGAAGAAGUGGGUCUUCUUCCAUGGAGCCCACUUUCGCUCAAAAAGCAACGGAUGGUGCGAUCAGAAACUGACGUACCUUCACCAUGGAGUUCAGCUUGUAUCUCUUUGGCAGUUAUCCUUUGUUCUUUUUCUACCAUUCGCACUAUCCUUCUGUUCAAUCUGGGGUCGAUUUUCCUUUUGCGGCCGCGCCCAGUGAGGUUGGCUACAGUUCCAUGGACCUUAAACUUCUUAAUAAUAUUUGCAACUGUUGUCACAGGAACAUCAAGCUGCUUGGAGAUGGUCUUGUAGUCUUUACCUUUACCAUGCUUGUCUAUUAUUUUCUUUCUGAUCUCCUCAGACAACUCUCUCCUUUGCUUUCUCUGGUCCAUGUUCAGUGUGGUGCACACAAUGAUACCAAAUAGCACAGUGACUACUUUUCUCCAUUUAAAUAGGCUAAAUGACUGAUUACAAGAUUGGAGACGUGUGAUACUAAUUAAAUAAACUAAUUAGUUUGAAAUAUCACUAUAAUCCAAUUAUUUAUUAUCUUUUCUAAGGGGUACCAACAAAUGUUUCCAGGCCAUUUUAGAAUAUCUUUGUAGAAUAAGCAAUAAUUCAUCUCUUUUCACAGCUUCUUUGCUUUAUUCUAUGACAUACCAAAGGCAUGCAAGUAUACAUGAUAAAAUAGCUUUUAAUUUCAUCACUUUUCAGGAGGAAUGAAGCAUUAUUUCAAUGAGCUGUAAGGGUACCAACAAAUUUGAGCACGUCUGUAUAUAUAUAUAUAUAUAUAUAUAUAUAAAUGAUAUAAAACAUCAAUCAACAAUUUCAAUGUUAACAAGUUAAUUGCACUUUAACAAUCAAAUGACAAGUCGUCUUUAAUAAUUUAAGCGAUUACACAUCUUUUACAGUAUACCGAUCAGUUAGGCAAUCAAUUAAUCUAGUUAUUUCAGAAGCAAUUAAAAAAAAUUAUAUGAAGAGUAUACUAUUUAAUUAGACAAACUUGUUAUUAAUAGGUUCAUCAUCCCAAACUUCACAGAUAACUUGUCAUUUGUAUAGUCAAUCAUGUGUGGUCUACAACCAUCAAUGUAGAAAUGGAAUACUGACAUAAACCCUUUGCGGUCCAUUUAUUCAGUGUGUCUCAGGCACGUUGGUUCCAAUUUAUUUUCACACGCUCAGUUUAUUUUAGACACGCUGUUUAAAAGUAUUUUUUUCACAGUAAAACAGGUUUAAAAGGCACUGCAUAUCAACAGGACACCAGUCUCCAGCCCCGCCCUAUCCUUUGUUCUCUGUAUUUUUCACAUACCUCUUCAAAGUCGUGCAUACCGAUAAAUCAUCUAGUUUUAUCACCAAAGUCAUUAUUUUAUUACUAUAAACAUCUCAAAAAGCUCUGCAAAUGUCUGUGAUAUUCUUUGAGCGCUGGAUGCAGAAGCAGCUAUCUUGUUUGUUUAUGUCCGUGUUAUCUCUGAGGUGCCGGGGCUUGUGUAUUGCUCAAAUCUGCCCCUUUUUUUUGGCUUCUCUCAGCUCCUGUCUGUCUCACUCAACCAUUGAAUGGUUUUCUCUGCUUUUUCCAGAGAAAAACGACUAGAGACCUGUGUUUUACGUCUUUUUUUAUGGUGUCAGAUGGGGUCCGGCAUCAGACCGGAAAGGGAAAAUUGUAAUGUCGGACCUGGUCCGACAUAGGACCACAAAAGGUUAACAACAGUAACAUUAGCAAGAGGUCACCAAAUAUAUGAACAGUUCACAUUAUCAGUAAUCGUACCAAAACUCAAUUCAUUUUAUACAUUAAUCAAUUUCAAUUAACAGUUAUACAUUAAACACUCCUAUAAAUAAACAACUAUAACUACUUUAAUUUAGUUCAAGAUCUUCUUAGUGAUGAUUUCGAGAUAAGGAACUGAGAUCCAGGGUUUCGUUUAACCCAUAUGGUUCCAUUGAUUUUAAGGCAAAAACCCAAAAAAGACUUCUCAAAAGAUGUUUAAUUAUGUUACCUCCUCUUUAAGGGAUUGUUUCUUUUGAUUCCAUUUUUUAUAAUGUUGAGCUAUGGUGUAAUCCAUGUUAUUGUGUCGAAUUGCAGCUUUAUGUUCACCAAUCUGUAUUUUCAAAUUCCUUUUUGUUUGUUCUAUAUAGGCCAAUUCGCACAGGCAUAUGUAAAUAACAGCAUGUAAAUAACAUCAGUAGUAUUACAGUUAAUGAAUCCUUUAAUGGUGCAUUUUUUACCUGAAUGUGGAUGAUUAAAAUGUUUGUGUUUAUAUGUAUUUGAAC